AUGUCCCAACGCAAUCGUAGUGGGCGCGGCCUCAACCGCAACAAUGGCAGCUCCCACGGUGAGGAGGCUGCCCUUUGGGACACGCUAAAGGAUAAGCUCCCUGAAGUGCUCGCUAAGAUCAAUGAAGAUGGCCGCAACCUCGAAGAGCUUCUCAAACUCGACGCCGAGGCGAGCGCGUAUAGAAAAAGGAAAGGAACCCCCGCGAGUUUAAUUGCCAAGAUGGAUGCACACUGCCGCAAGGGUGUCAAGGCCACUGAAGCGAUGAAGCUGGAAAUCCCAGCCUACGUAGAGAAGAUCAAUAUCCUACGCGCCAUCCUCCAAGCGAACAAGGACCAGGGGUCAGACAGCGCCGAAACGGGCUCAGCAGAGCGAAGCGGCUCGGUGACGGCGGGAAAUGGCGGCAGUGCCGCUGCCGCGGCUGCCGCGGCCCAAGCCAAGUCCAAGGUAGUUUUCGCCAAGGGCGACGAGGUGGCAUUUCGACCGAAGCAGGUGACGGGCGGCGAGCAGCCGGACUGGAUACUCGGAGAAGUGGCGGCUGUGAUUGGCGACGGCAAGACGCGCCGCUACAAGGUCAUGGACGUGGAGCCUGACGAGCCUUCUCCCUGGGAAUCUGGCAAGAUUGUCCUCGCCCUGUAUCCUCAAACUACGACAUUUUAUAAAGCUGAAGUAGUGAGCACAUCGGUGGAUGGCAAGGUCAACCUGCACUUUGAAGGGGAGAACGACUCGGCGACUCUGCAGCAGGUUGAGCGUCGGUUCGUGGUUGAUUUUCGGCAGUGA